AUGUCUUUACUGGACCUCCCAAUCGAAUUGUCAACGCAAAUCUUGUCAUAUCUCGAAUACGCGUCUGACGUUUGCGCAUUCUCACAGACCCACCCUUCUUUCUAUCGUGUGGCUCAACCUCGCAUUGCCCAGGUCGUGGAAAAUGAAGAUCCCCCUCUCUCUUUAGUGGAUGCUGCGAAGAAGGGAAGUGAAGCUUCUGUUCGCAAAUUGCUGAAGAUGGGCGCCCGGUUCCCAGAACCUUUCAAGCCCAGCAUUGCCACCGCUCCUGGAGACCCAAUGGGAUGGGCUGCCAAAAAUGGACAUGUGGGGGUUGUGAGGUUGUUUCUUGAGCACGGCAGAGAUCCCCAUCCACUCAGCAGCUGUUAUGGGGGCCCCAAAGAACCCGUUCCUGCAAACGUUUCCUACUGGGACCCGCCACUAUUGAGGAAUCCUCUUUGCUACAAUCCUCUGAUGCUAGCAGCGAUGGAGGGCCAUGAACCUGUGGUGAAACUUUUGAUAGAACACGGUGUCAAACAUCAUUACAACGAUAACGCCGCUUCCGAUGUGAGGUGGGAACACCCUUUGACAUGGGCAGUCAUCAAACAGAAUAUUCCAAUCAUAAAGCUUCUGAUUGAUAUUGACAUAGACGGUCCAUUGCGCUCUAGCAAUCGCUAUAAUAGUCCGUUGCAUGCACUUGCGCUGAUACCUCCAACCAGCGUCCAUUUUGAUGAGAUCUUUGAUCUCCUGACCUACUUUGUGGACUUUCACUCAUGUCGAGGGGGCGAUUUAAGCGCAUUUGAGCUUGGGGUGAGUAAGGGGAAUGUAAAAUUUGUCGAACGUGCACUUCACUGGGAAAAAAUCAACGAGUUGCGUCCUCGUGACAUCACCUAUCUUUUGAGGAACGCUGAAGAAACGGCCCGGACAGAUCCCAAGAUGGCUUCUGUUCUCAUGGGUCAAUUUGACGUGAACCAGGCUAUGAGGUAUGACGAUGCUGCACGGGACAGGCUUUUCCGCGCGGCUGCCGCUGGUGGCUUCAUGGAUGUGAUGAAGCGGCUUAUGAAGGACUAUAAGCAUUGUCCCCUUGGCGAGGAUCAGUAUCUGCCUCUGCUAGGUCUCGCUGCUCAAAAUGGGCAUAUUGAGAUGUACAAGCUACUAUCCAAACGCGAGGACACUGCCAGAUACGGACCAACCAACCAGCCGCAAAUGCAAGAAUAUGAUGUCCACCCUUUCACAGGCUUUCAGCCACCAUACGACAUGACUCCGGAAGAUAGUCCAAUGAUCCAGGCCCUCCAUAGGGGGCACUACGAAAUGGUCAAAUUCCUGAUUGACGAAGACUAUGAUAAAGUCCUUGCAUCUGAAGAGGGGCCACAGUUACUAUUUGAUAGAGCACUCUUCUACGGACAAACCGAAAUUGUUCAAAAGCUAUUCGACAAACGCACCGCUCCGCCAUUGGGGGAUAUUAUGUACGAGGAUUGUGCACUGUCGAUCUGCAUGGCAAUCCUUGGGGGCGAAGCUGUCUUUCGCACACUCUUGAAGAACGAAGUUCACCUUGACCCUAAAGAUCAUUAUCACAAAAAAGCAUUCGAGCUCGCAGCCUUUCGGGCAGAAGUGCCUAUUCUUGAGAUAUUUCUAGACGCCGGAUUCAGAAGUGAUAUGAAAAGAUGCGGCUUCGCGCCAGCGUCUGUGUCUCUGCACUGCGAAGACGGUCUUACCUUGCCUUUGAUCUAUGCAGCUCAUGCAAGGGACAGAAAGGACGCCGAGGCUGCGGUUGAUCUUCUGCUCAAACGGGGGGGCGUCGAUCAAUCAGCCGAGUGGCAAAGGAUCUUGCAGCGCGCUAUAUGCAACAGCUACCGGUUCAAUGACGGCUCAAAUAUUCAGCAUGCAGUUGAAAAUUUUGGAAUGUUUGCCUAA